GCAUGUUUCCAUACGAAACUGGUGGGUUGUACUGCUUAAGUUCAUUUGUGGCUCCUAACAGGUUGAGGUUAUCCGCUGUGGUCGUUUAUUUAAUUCUCAUUGCUCUGUUCAUUUGAAUGGAUAGGUGCAGGGUUAGGUGGGCUGCUGCUUGGGCCUCGUACACACAAAGGGCUGCUUACAGUCAAGAAAGAGGUUUUAGUGAGCAACCACAGUUCCUCUUGCGGUGUGUUGCUAUGGUAGGACUUCCCUUUCAAACAGGAAGUGACAGAGCUGUAAGAAAGAGGGUUGGCAGGCAGCGUAGCUGUAGAGGGAAGCAGUUUGGAGAGAGACGUCGUCAGUGCGGGCACGCUCGUCCCAAUCCUGAUGUGGCCAUGUCCAAGACGAUGAAGACUCUGGCAGUGCCAGCGGGUCAGAUGACCCAGGCAGUUUCUGAUGGCGAGCUAAACCUCAAGUUAUCCAGCUGUGGCAGCAGCUCCAGCCUAUCAGAGAGCUCAAGCAGGUCAGGUGGUGGUCAGGGCGCUGAUGGUCCAGCCAGUCGGGUGGUCAGCUGGGCGGUGUGUUUCGAACGGCUGCUUGAAGACCAUGUCGGUGUGCGAUACUUUACCGAGUUUCUCAAAUCAGAGGUGAGUGCCGAGAAUAUCCUGUUCUACCAAGCCUGUGAAAAGUUCAAGAAAAUCCCACCUACGAGAUUGGAAGAGCUGAAGAAAGAGGCACGCUCCAUCUACGACAAUUUUCUUUCUGAAAGCUCCCUGCAUGCAGUUAAUAUUGACGAUACGGCCCAGAUGGAAGAGAGCGCCUUGAAGACGCCUACACCCGACAUGUUCGAUAAAGCGCAGGCACAGAUCUUUAAACUAAUGAAAAUGGACAGCUACACGAGGUUUGUUCGCUCUCCGCUGUACCAGAACUGCAUGGUGUCUUGUGUGGAGGGUCGUCCUCUUCCCAGCAUUGGAACCCCGGAGCCCAGAAGCAAAAUGUCCAAAAAGAGUGCAACGCCACCUAGCAACAGAAAGAGCGUUGAAUUGAAAGUGCCCUCAUCAGACAGCAAGACCAACAGGAAGAAGAGGUUAGAGAAGAGAGGCUCAUGGGGAGCUGACCAGUCGUACCAGCAUGUGACGGUGUCUCGGAAAGAGUCUCAGAUCUCAGUGAAGUCUAACAGCAGCUUGGAGUUGGUCUCUGGAUUCGGUCGAGCUGAGAAUGGACGAUGCAGUGUGAACGCCUCUGAUCCGGAGGCCUUGAGUUCUGGUUCUCCUACAGCAGAUAAGUACUGUUGCGUCUAUCUGCCAGACGGGACCGCCAGCUUGGCCCCUGCCAGACCGGGCCUGACCCUCAGAGACAUGCUCAGCAGUCUGUGUGAGAAGAGAGGCUUUCCUCUGAAAGACGUCCUCAUUUACCUGCACGGCAAAGAUAAGCCUCUUUCUCUGGAUCAGGACAGCUCUGUGUGUGGAGAUCAACAGCUCACUUUGGAACUCAAAGUUACUUUUGCGCUGGAGGUUGUGUUUUUAGGAAGAACGGUCGGAAUCAUCGCAAAGUCUAGCAAGAAUUUGGGCGAUGCGCUUUCCACCGUCCUGCAGAAACACCAGCUGCGACCACAGGAUGUGCAGGUUACUUUGAGUGGCUCCGAUGAACCUCUAAAACUGAGCACCAAUGUGUUUCGUCUAUCGAACAAAACAAUGCGUUUGGACAAAGUCAAAGUUGGUUUGGAGACUCAAGCCUCUUCACCAACACCCAAAGCAAACCCCAGACCCAGAAAACACCAGGAGAUGGACGUUCUCGUCGAGCUGCUGACCCGCGCCCAGUGCAGUCGAGUGGAUGACCAGCGCGGUUUACUCACCAAAGAGCACCUGGAGUUGCCGCAGUUCCUGCAGCUGCCAGCAGGCAACGGAGAGCAGAAUUCCUGCGACCUCACACAGGAAGAAGACUGUGCCCUUUGACCUGAGAACCCGUCCAGUGACCUGAGACCUCGAGCACUAUUCAAGCAGCUUAAAAGACUCAAAGCAGUUAGUUGUGUGGAGAAGUGAAACUCUCCUGUGUGUGAGCGAGUUGAGAUUUCUUAACCUGAGAGUGAAUGAUGUGUGUAUAUUUUGUAUAUUACAGACACUGCCAUAUAUAGAGCACUUAGAAAUGCCGCCCAUCAAAUAAUGCAGAAUUAUGGGGAGUUGUAAAAAAAGAUCAAACUACAUUUGCCUAAAAAAAAUGUAUUUAUUUUCAUAUCAGAUUGUAUUGUUUGCACUAUUAAGUGUGCUCUUUUUAUAUUUAUUAGAAUGUGUUUGGUAUGGGAGCACAUUAGUGUGACUUUACAUUGAAUGUUGUGUUCACAAUGAGUUUUAGUGUCUGAUUAAAACGGUUUUGUAUGA